GGUGCUCCUUGCCGUUUAUUAUCGCAAUUGUUAUGCGUGAGUUUUUUAAAACUUGAGUGUGACGAGAAGCUUCUCGUAAGAAAUUGACUUUGUAGUCGUUUUUACAGCUCCGUUCCCCUCUACUCUAUAAAAAAAGGCUCCAUACUAAAUCAUUAAGGUUUCGUGUAUUUUUUCGAAACUUUUAAUGGUUUUGUAGUGAAAUUUCGAAAUUCAAAGGGUUUGUUAGACGGUACGAAACCUCAGAACAAAAUAUUGUUCUACAAGGUUUUGUACAGAGUAUAUGAAACCGGCGAAGUGGUUUCAUAGCAUUAAAGGUUUAGUAGAAAUUUCACAAAACCUUACGAGUUUCGUAUCGCAUUAAACGCUUCUCAGAUGAAAGAAGAAUAUGUUAAAAAACCAAUAAACAAUUAGUAGCAGAUAUUUAUUAGUCUUAAGAUAGUUAUCGAAAAGACGUUGUCUGUUUGAAACACGCGAUUUAUGUGAAUACCAUUAGAUGGAGCUAUUUUUCUCUGCUAUGAUUGGACUAAUACAGAAACCAAUAAAUGAUAGAAUGUGAAAGAUGACUAUUUUAUUUCUUUGCUUUUUGCAUGAACAAUAGCCUACUUCAUCGGGGAAAGUUAAAUCUACUGUCUUCCCGUACUAUUCCUUCCUCGGUCAGUUAAACCAAGUUUAGAAAUGUUCACACGAUCUAAAAAAGUUCAAUAACGGUUAAGGAUUGAGGAACAUCUUCUUUGGGAAAGCCCUGUGUCUUUUUUGCAUAGCUGAGUGUACUUGCUUGAUUAUGUUUAACAAACAUAAUAAAGCACUUGAGGCAAGCAACUUGAAGUUUAAUAAUACUUCAAGUUUUAUCAUUUGCUGAUCUCUCAUAAUUCACUCGUCACAUGUGAAUAAGAAUUUAGUAUGAUGGGCUACUUGAUGUCUAGUUGGUUGGCUCUAUCAACUGAGAGUAUUGGGUUAGAUUCGGUUAGAUAGCCAAGCUGGCAAGUUCCCAAACUGAAUUGUUAGAUUAGUAUAACAAACUGAGUGUAGAAAAAAGAAAUAGAGUUGCUUCUUUUUUAUUUACAACUGAUCUAAAUCUGAUCCACAACUGAGCACAAUGACUCCGAAUGUGUAGCGAAAUAUGACCUAUUAUUCCACUAGCUAAUCACUUCCACUCUCUUCCAACCAUAAUUUUUCUCUCUCUCAUUGUGUGUUGUAUUCAUUCACUCUCUUUUCAUAUAUUUAUCAUUUAUUCGAAGCUCGUUUUUUCCCUGCUUGUGUACCACGCAGAGCUGGGCAAGUCAGGAUUUUUUGCAAGUCUCAGCCAACGAAAAGAUUCUUCAAGUCAGUCAAGUCUGACUUGACUUGGAAUAGAGGAGUUUUUGUCUUGACUUGCCCAGCUCUGCGUGGAAAACGACUCCACUUAGAUCUUUAAUAUCAUUUCUCUGCAUUAAAAGAAUGCACUUUUAAAAUGACUUAAGAGACAGACAAAAUUAGUAGUCGGUCAAAAGAUCGGUAAAACCUUUUCUCAACUCAAGUCUGACUUGACUUGUCCAGCUCCUGUACCACGUCCAUUGAAGCCUAAGAAAAUACACGUAUCAAUUUCGCAUAAAUAAUUCCAAUUAAAUAUUGAAUUUUUCUGCAUGAAUUGUAGAGAUUAAAUGGAAAAAUCUGUGUGUAAUAUACUUGCAGUUACUAUCGAUAUACAGUCCGCAAGGGAGAGCUUUACAAAACUACAUAAAAUCGGCUAGCUAAGAAUCAUAAUUACAAAAGCUCUGAUUGAGGAAAUUAAGAAGUAGCCGAAAUAUGAUCAUCAAGUUUGUACAACACCUCUUUUGCUAGGGUUUAAUACGAAACCUUUUUUGCCAAUAAAAAAAUAGAGGUUUCGUAGCUGAACGCCGAAACCUAGGUUCGUACGAAACUUAAAAGGCUACAGAAAUAGUUGCAAUUCUCUAUACCCUUUUAAGUUUCGUAAUAUAUCAUUUUUUUUUAGAGAGAAGGGCCGAUGUUGGAAGCAGAGUCUUGUAACAGUGCUCAGAAAGCUCCGAUUUCCGUUCUCGAAAGAGCGCUUGAAAACUCGAAGAGACAAACGGUUUUUUGUACUGUUUUUCAGAAGAUGAUUGUAAGAUCUAGAAAUAUUUAUGCAUCAAUGUGCUAAUGUUAUGUUUGUGAUAUGAGCAGAAGAACACUUGCUAAACGUUUGUAUCAGAUUCAAGAUCUGACUAAACCUGACGCACUCACGACACUCAACGGAUGUCGUUCAGAAACGAAGUCAGCUUAGAAAAUUUCGAUUAGGUGAUGGAACUUACAUUUUUUUGAAAAGAUGCGGCGUAAUGAGCCACGAUACAGAGCUGGAAGCACUUCCAGUGCUCUAGCUGUACCAUUGUACAAAUUUAACUGAAAACCACCUGAAAAAUAGUUCACUGUCACACAGAUUCACACAGAGAUUGCCAAUUUCAAAAUUGAAAUUUGAUUCAAAACACGAAGUUUGAGUUGUGACGAUGAUUUUUUGUUCAAAACAUAGAUCCGGAGAUUUUCAAAGCCUAGCUGUUAUGAUCUUCACCUUCGGUUAGAUCAUAUCAUCACUUCUCCUAUUCUUCUUAUAAACAUGCAUACUUUUGCGCGUUAUUCUCUCUGUUCUGGGAUUUUCCCCAUAUGUAACUUUCUCUAUUCUGUUUCUUUCCUUCUGGGUUUUCUCCCUAUUCUGUCUGGGGAAUUUCUUUUAACUCGGACAUUAGCAUAUCAAAUGCAUUGUUCACAAACCUAUAUAUAGUUGCUGAUUUUUAACAAUAAAGUGUGUAGUGUGGUAUAUAGAAAUAAAGUCAAGUGGGAUUUGGACGUCACAAUUGGUGCACCAGCCGGCCGGUCGUCUUCUCCAUCACGAUCCGGUACGGUCCCGGCGACGAACCGUUUCAUUUGGCUCCGAAGUUUGUCUCCAUCGUCUGAUCUCUGUCGAACGUCCAUUGGUCAAUCCGUCAGUGUCGCGUCCCGGCCCAGAACACCAGCCACUAGCGUUACGUGGAUGUCGCUACCCCACAUUGAUCUUCACCUCGGGAGACCAAUACGGGCGGGAGACAUCGAUCGUCGACAUGGCAAAUCAAGAGGCAAUGAAAAAGAAGAGACGUGUGGCGUUGAUGGGCUCGAGAUGUGGCAACUCGGGCGCAUCUCAUCGUAG